CUCUUGAAGUGGUAGCCACAUAGUGAAACAUGUCAGAUACAGAGCAACAGCAGCAGUCUGCUAUUCCUGGACCUGACUGAGUUACAGCCAAUCACGGAGCAGAGCAGAAGACGCUCAGGGGCUCCACUGUCCUCGUGCUAGGCUCGUUUUGUUUCCCCGCGUUACGAAUAGUAUAACUGGAUUCAAUCAUUGACAGCAGUGCUCUCUCCCUGAGUGCUGCUGUCACCCGGGCUCGUCUGCAGCAGUUAAACAUGUCGUCAUCGUACGCUGCUGCCAUAUCAGCCCUCAUUUCAGCGGGAUCUUCCAAUUCAAGCGUCAAACCCGGCCCUCAGACCUCCACGGGCAAGGCAGGGACUCCUAAACCUUCCCCCCGGCCCAACAAACCCCCUCACCACCCUCCGGCUGCACAGAUACACCCUCACUCGCCCGAGCCUCUGGCGGCGUAUGAGGAGCAACAGGAGAAUCCCGCCGACUACGGCACAGGUGGUUAUUACCCCGUUGAGAUUGGAGAGAUUUUUGUUGACCGUUAUCAAGUGGUUAAAAAGUUGGGAUGGGGUCACUUCUCUACUGUGUGGCUCUGCUGGGAUAUGGUGAACAGGCGUUUUGUGGCUCUGAAGGUGGUGAAGAGUGCUCAAACAUACACAGAAACGGCACUGGAUGAGAUCGAACUUCUGAAAUGUGUGAGGGACAGCGACCCCAAAGAUCCCAAGCGAGAGAGAAUUGUGCACCUCAUUGAUGACUUUAGGAUCUCUGGAGCCAAUGGAGAGCAUGUGUGCAUGGUCCUGGAGGUUCUUGGCCACCAGCUGCUGAGGUGGAUCAUCAAAUCCAACUACACUGGCCUCCCCCUGCCCUGCGUGAAGAGCAUCCUCAGACAGGUUCUGCAGGGUUUAGAUUACUUGCACACCAAAUGCAAGAUCAUCCACACAGACAUCAAGCCAGAAAACAUCCUUCUGAGGGUGGACGAGAUGUAUAUUCACAACCUGGCGGCCGACACCAAGCUGUGGCAGCUGCCAGUUUCCCCUGCCAUCACUUGCUCCUCAGUUAACAAAGGCUUCAGAGAAAAGAAGAGUUUGUCCAACUUUCUGGGGAAGCUGACUGGAGUUUUCCACACUCUUGGGGAGUGGGUCCCCAGGAGCCCAAUCAACCGACUGACGAGGAGAGACAGGAGUCGACGAGGACAGGAGAACACAUCAGACCACAAACACAGAGACAAACCUCGCGUGACGUUUUCCGAUGUCACCCCUCCCUGUAGUAGCGCCCUCGGCUCCAGCUGUCAGUCGAAGCUCGCAGGUCCUAACCUCAGAUUACGGAGGCAGACCCUGCUGAUGGAGGACGGACGGGACUCGCCUCCACAAAGCCACAGACACUCCAUCUGCUCGUGGCCACACCUCAACACAGAAGCUCCAGUCUCUGGCUCUACAUCGCUGUUAUUCCAUCAGACUGCGUCCCCCCCCUGCAAUGUGUUUUCAGGAAUUGGUGACUCUGAUGUACUUUUGGAUCUACUCAAGCCACAGAACGCUGAUAAAAUCUUUAUCAAGAUCGCUGACUUGGGCAAUGCCUGCUGGGUGCACAAACACUUCACCGAAGACAUCCAGACCUGUCAGUACCGCUCUGUGGAAGUCUUGAUAGGCGCUGACUACCACACACCAGCUGACAUUUGGAGCAUUGCCUGCAUGGCUUUUGAGCUGGCGACUGGGGACUAUCUGUUCGACCCCCAGUCAGGAGCCACAUUCUCCCGGGAAGAAGAUCACAUUGCCCACAUCGUUGAGCUGCUGGGACCCCUGCCAACACAGUUUUCCCUCUCGGGGAGAAAUUCCAAACAAUACUUCAACCGUAAAGGACAACUGCGACACAUCUCUAAGCUCAAGCCGUGGAGCUUGUUUGAAAUCCUACAAGAUAAGUACGAGUGGCCGCGGGAGGAAGCCGUCAAGUUCAGCUCUUUCCUCUUGACCAUGUUGGAGCUGCUGCCAGAGAAAAGAGCCACAGCUGCCCAGUGUCUGAAACACCCCUGGAUCAACUCCGAGACACACGGGCCCGGCAUCGCUCAGAGCCCAGUGGACUAGCUCUCUGCUCAGCGGCGAACUCGCAUACGGGAUGUGACACGGGAACUGCGGCAGCUGUGGGAGUAAUCUGGUGCGGGCAUCAUGUGCACAGCUUUCAUUAAUAUUUAUUAGCUUGACUAAGAGCCUUUUCCCAGUUGAUUAACUUGCGUCGUGGGUGGCCAAAUCACAAGUGGACAAUCCACCAGCGGCAUUAGAGUGCGUUCCCACAAGUGUCCCAAGUAACCUCAUGUGAUGGGAUCUCACUUUCCUGUUCGACAUGCUAAGUAAGACAGCGCUCAGAGGGAGAGAGCGCAUACUUUUGCUGUGUUUAAGAAAGUGAAAGAGGCAAUAAUAAUAAAAACAAUUCAUAUUUUCUACCUCUUCCCCUGUUGCGUUGACUCUUGCUGCUGCUGUGGGAUUAAAAGUUUUAUCUUAUCUUGUCAAUAAAGACUGGCGGUCUAUUCCUUGGUGUGUUCCAGGCAAUGUGCCAAUGAGUACAAACGAGUUUGCACUUCCAAUAAUGCAGAGGACAUCAGUUGAGUAGGCAGUUCUUCAUUGUGGCCCAGGACACAUUUGCAUACACAUUGGUAAAUGCAUGAUGUAGCCAUAUGCAGCCCGGACCAUCUCUGAAUGUGGUCUGGGUGAUCAAAUCUCAAUUAGUCCUCAAUGUGUCUUGGAUGAAUUCACACCUGUACUUAGAGCUUGUGAACCUCUGAUUGGAUCACCCAGGUUGCAUGGUAAUAUCAGGUAGAAAACAAGGCCUUUGUAUUCAAAUGGCUCUGACUCAGGCACAGCAUUGACCAAAGAGGAGUUUUAUCUUAUUGGAAAAGUGCCUUCUAGCGUGAUGUUAAGGUCCUUGAGUUUCAAUAAACUGACAUAAGAUUG